AUGAUAGAGAUGAUGGUGAUGGGACAAAAUUCCGACGAAAUCAACAGGUUCCCCGACGGAGCAACGAUUUCAACCGAUAUGAUGUUUGGUUUUCUCGAUGGAAACAACAAAAAUCUAACAAAUUUCGUCAAUUGUAACGAAAAUGACCGGAAAUAUGAUGGUAUUCGUGAGGCUACGUUGUAUGGUACUACUUCAUUAGAAACGAGGAUUCAAGCAUCUACGAAAGAAGCAUUGAGUGAGUUAGACUUGAUAGUAGUUCAAUGCGGUUGCCGGAAACCAGUCGCCGGUGGUUGCCGGAACUGCUUGCAAAGGGAACUCUCUAUUCGUCUCCAGAACAAGGGUUUCAAUUGUCACCUAUGCAAUUCCAAGUGGAAAAGCUCCGUCAAAAUCCCCGCCGGAGAACACACGUACUUAGAGGUGCUCAAGAAAUCAUCGAACGCUAAAAAGGGAUAUAAAAGUAUCGUGAUCGAGUUGAAUUUCAAAGCGGAAUUCGUAAUGGGUAAAGCCAACGAAAGCUACAACAAGCUGAUCGGCCACCUGCCGGAAUUAUUCGUCGGAAGGGCCGAGAGGCUCAAAGCGUUGAUCAAGAUCUUGUGUUCCGCCGCGAAAAAGUGCAUGAAGGAGAAGAAACUGCACUUGGCGCCGUGGAGGAAGCAGAAGUACAUGCAAGCCAAGUGGUUGGGGACGUACAUGAGAACAACGCCGGCAGUGACGGCACCGUUGCCUGUGGGAUAUUCAGACCGGCCAAAAAUACCCAAGGUUUCGAUGCUAACGUUUGAUCUACGAGAGAACUUGCAUGGCUUGCAUUACGCCGGCGCCGUCAAAGUUAUUUUCUGA